AUGACUGAGAAGAGUGAUAUAUGUCUGCUGGGACUGAUCCUUCUCUCUUCACUAUUCACAGGUGUGAGUGGAGCACAAGAUGUGUUCAUCAGUUCUGGUGAAAGUGUGUCUCUGUCCUGUAAUGAUGCUCUUCAUCAAUGCUCCUCAACUACAUGGAUCUACAGUAAUUAUACAAGAUCAUCUACAGUAGAAGUGUUUACUGGAGGAAUAAAUAAGAAUAACACAGAGAGAUCUGAGAGACUGAGUCUGACAUCUGACUGCUCUCUCAACAUCUAUAAAACAACACAACAUGAUGGUGGACUUUACACCUGCAGACAAUAUGUGAAUGGACAUCAUCAUGGACCUGAUUCAGAUGUUUAUCUACAUGUUCUUCAUGUGUCUUCAUCAUCAUCAUCAUCAUCAUCAUCACAGACUGAGAUAAGAGCAAACACACCUGUCACUCUCUCCUGUCAGCUGUUUACAUAUUACUGUUAUUAUAUGUUCAGUUAUGAUGGAUUUCAGCUGGUGUGGAUGAAUCAGACUGAUGUUGAUCUACAGACAGACUCCAGAUAUCAGAUUAGAUCAGAUAAACUCUGUAUCAUCUCUCUGACUACAACACUCGUGAAUGAAGACGACAACACAGAGUUGAGAUGUGUGCUCAAACACAAGAAUGACAUCAAGACCUCAGUCACAUAUACUGUCAGAUUUACAGAUUCAAACAAGAUUCUAGUGACCACCACAAACCCUGAGAGAUUCUCAACUCUUAACGUACCAGAAACUACACAACAACAAGCUAAAACAACACAAAGCUUAGAGAAGAGUUCAAGCUCUUCACCAUCACCACAUUAUAAAGCACAUGUGAACAGCUCUCAUACAGUGACUAUUGCUGUGAUCGCUCCAUUACUUCUUCUACUUACUGUUGCUGUUCUUUGUGUGAUUUAUAGAAAAAGAAAAGAUCAAAGAUUGUCUGGAGACCCUGUGGUCGCAUCUAAGAAUGACAAUAAUGGAACAUAUGACACCAUCAGCAUAAUUCCUCCUGCUCCUAUCACAAACGAGCAGAAAGAUGAUGUGGUUUAUUCUGAGGUGACCAUUGGCAGUAAAAAACAACAGAAGAACAACAUUGUUCAGUCUGCUGGUGAUGUGACUUAUGCCGUCAUCAGAGGAGUAAAAACUGAACCUCAAGACGCUUGAAGAGAUGUUUAAUCCUCCCUGAACAAAACCACUCACAAAUAAAAAACAAACACACAUAAUUAUACAAAUCACACAACUAAACAACCUACUAAACACAAAUUUAGUAGGUUUCAGUCAGUGACUUAUAUUUCCUUUGACAAACAAACUCAAGUGAAGAUUUGAUUUAUUUGAUGUAUUUUUGGUCAGCUUUUGAAUGUUUGUUUGUUUUCUGUUAGUUGUCUUUUUGUUUAUUUUUUGAUGUUAUUGGAUUCUAACAUGUCUAAUAAAUUUCCAUAGGUCGUGUUAAUACUUUGCAUGAUCAAAUUGGGGUUGCAUAAGAAAUUAUUUCUUACUUUGACUUUUUUUUCUUUAAUUUAAAAAUAUGAACCUGCUCCUGAUUUGUAUGUGCUAUGCGACUGACUGUAUCAUACGUUUUAGUUUUCUGUAUUGUGAGAAUCUGGAUUUCGUCCUGUCCUCUACAAAUAUUGAAUCUGUGUUUAAUACAAAGUUCAUAUAUCAUAUGUAUUCAUUCGUAUUCAAUCCUAUUAAUAUUAGCUUCUAUUCACAUAAGAUGUGCCUUAUUUUCUUGCUGUUUAACCUCGUUGAAAGUUGUAUCGUAUCUUAUGCUGUCUUAUGUUGAUAUAAGCAUCUGUUGUUCUCCAUCUCAAGGUUCCUAAUGAUGCCUAUGGACGAUUGUUCUGUUAUUGUAAUAUUGAAUAUGUAAUCAUAUCUGA